CGAGCCCCGACCUGCUGGGCUCGGCACAUCCCUCCCGCCAGUGCCGGGCGAGGCGGCCGGGCUGAGCGGCGGUGCUCGGCAGGCUGGAGCGACAACAUGCCCUUGCCGAGGCGCCGGUCGUCCUUCCUGGGGCAGCAGCCCUCUACCUCCACGGCGGAGAGCUCGGGGCCGCCCGGCCGCCGGGUGAGCGUCGGAGGUGGAGGGAGCCUGUCGAGACCCCCCGGCGUCUACGUGGGCACCGUCCCCACGGGCGGCGUGAGCAGCCUGGGCACCCGAGUGUCCCGUAGAGCCCUGGGCAUCAGCAGCGUCUUCCUCCAGGGUCUCCGCAGCUCCGCCGCCGCCGUGCCCCUGGCCCCGGGGCUGGACAAGGGCAGGGGUCUCUCCUACGAAAGCCUGAAUGGCUGCUUGGUGGAGUACAUCGAGAAGGUGCGAGCUCUCGAGCAGGUCAACCAGGAGCUGGAGGAGCACAUCAGAGUCUACCUGGACAAGAAGGCGGCCAGCGUGGGCAGCUGGGGAGCGCUGCGGGAGAACUGGGAGGCGAUUUACCACCAGGUGGGUGAAGCAGUCCUUGAAAAUGCUCGUCUUAUGCUGCACACCGAAAACAUUCAAGCCUGUGCUGAAGAUUUUAAAGACAGGUAUGAAAAUGAGCAGCCAUUUAGAAAGGCAGUGGAAGAUGAAAUUAAUUCCCUAUAUAAAGUGAUUGAUGAUGCUAAUUUAACUAAAAUGGAUCUGGAGAGUCAGAUAGAAAGCAUGAAGGAAGAGCUAACUUUGCUGUCAAAGAAUCAUGAAGAAGAUGUGAAGGUAUUAUACAAGCAGCUUGCUGGAUCUCAGCUGGAAGAACUUGAUGUUCCCCUGGGAAGUGGCCUGGAUGACAUUCUGGAAAAAAUCAGAAUCCACUGGGAGAGAGACAUUGAAAAGAAUCGUGCUGAGACAGGUGCCCUGCUCCGUACCAAGCAACAGGCUGAGACGAUGGCUGCCGUGCGAACCCAGGAGGAAGAGCUUGUGGAGGGCCUCAGAACCGAGUUCCACGAAACUGCCUGCAAAAUACAGAGCUUGCAAGCAGAAACCGAAUCUUUGAGAACCUUGAAGAGGGGUCUGGAGAACUCUUUAUAUGAUGCCAAGCACUGGCAUGACAUCGAACUGCAGAACCUGGGCUCUGUCAUUUCCAAGCUGGAGGCAGAGAUGGGAGAAAUCAAAGUAGAAACUGAGCAGCAGCAGAGGGAUCGUGAAAAUCUGCUGACUAGCAAACAACAGCUGGAGAAAGACAUUGCUGCAUAUCACUGCCUCCUGGAUGGAGAGCAAAGCAGCUGAUUAUGAAACUCCCAGCCCACAGAAGACCAUUGCCAUUAAAGUAAAAGAUGUCACUGCCAAUUAUGUUCGUGGAAGCUAAAAACCCAUCCAAGCAGCCUGCUUUAUUCAGUUUGAUUCAACCAUCAAAGUAGGUUGUAGCUUGAACAACUUUAUUAGACCCUCUUCAUGUAAUUGCUUUGCUUACAGACUUCAAUUUACUCAAGUUGUUAAAAUUAUAAUAAAAAUGAAGAAUAUCAGGCUUUU